CGCGCAGGAAGCGGGAAGACGUACACCAUGACGGGACCAGCGCGAGAGGGAGGAGGAGGGGAGAGGGUGGCAGAUCUCGAUGACACGAAGGGGAGAGGCGUCAUACCUCGAGCCGUUGAGAUGAUCUUCCAGGAGGUCAACGGCCUCAGGGAGGGGGGAUGGAGCUACGAGAUGUCAGUCAGCUUCCUCGAGAUCUACAAUGAGGCCCUGCGAGACCUGCUGGCGAGCCCUGGGCAGGAGCAUCGGAAGCUUGAGAUCAAACAUGUGGAUCAUGGGAGACAAGCGCAGGUCACAAACUUGCAGAUCAUGCAAGUUGAGCAGGAGGCGGAUGUCAUUGAGCUGCUGCGAAGGGCAACGGAAGCUCGCGCCACAGCAGCUACGCAGCACAACGAAGGCAGCUCGAGAUCUCACUCCGUCUUCACCAUGAACAUCAAGGGCAUUCACCCCGUCACCCAGGAGGUGGUCUACGGAGUCCUCAACCUCAUCGACCUUGCGGGCUCGGAGAGGCUGGCAAAGGCAGGAAACCGAACCAACGACAAGGGAGAGCGGCUGAGGGAGACGCAGUCGAUCAACAAGAGCCUGAGCAGCCUCUGCGAUGUCAUCUCCGCUCUCGCUAAUCGCGAAGGACACGUUCCCUUCCGCAACAGCAAGCUGACCUACCUGCUGCAACCGUGUCUGGGGGGAGACUGCAAGUGCCUUAUGUUUGUCAACAUCUCACCUGUCAAGGCUCAUCUCCCUGAGAGCAUCAACUCCCUGCGGUUUGCGCACAAAGUCAGCUCUGUGGAACUGAGGAGGAGGCAGAUGGAGCCGGUCUGA